AUGGAGAAGAAAUCGCUGGCACAUGAGCUGGUGCGCGCGAGAAUCGCCGAGAUUGCACUCCUCAAGAAGAAGCUAGAUGUGCUUACCGAGCAUCUGGAAAAGCUUCUGGCAGCGCAGCUACAAAUCCAAGCCCUCGUCGAAGAUCGCGAAGAGAACAGCUAUGCGUUAGCAGCCGUCUUGGGUGAU